CUCUCAAUUUAUUCCCCUGUGUCUGUUACACAAAUUCUCUCUCUGCUGUGUGUGUUUUUCGCGUGUGAAAAUCCAUCCACCAUUAUUAAUGCUCAAAAAAUUUCAGAAUGAGGAAAGGAUCCACUAGAGUCUCAAAUGUGAUGCGACAAACAGAUAGGGGUAGUGAUGGAAUUUGGAAUAAAGCAUCAAAGAAUCUGAAAAGUUUGAAUUGUGUGGAUGAUAUGGAUAAUAACUCUAUCUAUAGUAAAAGACUCAAACUUUCCAAAAAGACUUUAGAUAAUUGUCAUCCUGUCUAUCAUGUAUCCGUUCCAAAAAAAUUACGCUCAGCAUUGCAGAAGCGACAAACCGGAUAUGUUUCUCCUUCUUCGCCAAGUCUAUCAAACGGGAUUUCUAGAUUUGAAAUGCCAUCAGAAGAUUCUAAUAAGAAGCUCAAGGAUGAAGAGCAACAGUCAACAGUGUGCAAGUUGAUAAUGGAGCAAAUAACAAUAUCUGAAGAAGAAGCCAUUGCAGGCUUGCUUUCCUUGCCCAGAAUAUAUGCUCGAAGUAACACCACACUUGAAAUUAAUUUAAACAAUAAAAUUUCAGAAGAAUCUUCAAUGUCCGAAGAUUUAGUUAAUAAGUGUGUGCAGAUUGACGAUCUGAAUCAGUCAACAAACACAGUUGAUGUAAAAAAGGAUUCUAUUGAUAAUAAAAGUGGAAACAAGUCAAGAAAGAGAUGCAUGUCACAUGUCUAUAUAUGCAGAAUCAUCAAGGAACUGCAAUUCAUGGAGGAUAAAACAGUAAUCUCACACAUACAAAUGAAAACAGACCCAGCUUCAGAAAAUAUGAUGAACAGUCGUGUUGGAAUAAACUUAAAUGAAGCAAUCACAGCUAACAAAACGGAGUUUCAAUACCAGCGACGGGCUUGUAAGGCACAGCCGUAUUUUGGCAACCCAUUUUAUGACCCUUCACAAUGGUCGAGGCCUGUGUUCCCUAGACAACAGAUGUUGAUGAAUCCAUUUAUAACAGCCCACUCAGGUUAUGUACAACCUACAAUGCUAGAUGCGCUUGGGGCAAAGCAGGAGUAUAAAAUGCAAUAUGGUCAAUGUUCUAUGGGAUAUGAGGAAAAUGGAGGGUUGUUACAUGUCGAUAUCCCUUCUGCACUGAAGUUAACAUUGUAAUGAGCUUAGUGUAAGGGUGUUUUCGGUGACUCUUGAAGUUAUAGUAGGUUAAACGACUUGUUGACCUAUAGCGCGGGUUUAGGGGUGUACAAACAUAUAUAUAUAUAUAUGUAAGAUUUUGGUUCUCCAUCAGAAUAGUUUUAGAGACGGCAACAUUUGUGUUCAGAAAGCAUUAUGAGGCAAUGAUUAAUGCAUUUAGGCGACAAAAUUAUGAAAUCAAAUAGUUUAAUCAUCAAAUUUUGAUCAUUAAAAUGAGUUUCCAACUCUGGCUAUUUUUGCCAAACGUAUGUAUAAUUUAUAUUAGCUCGGGUUGGCUUGGGCCAAACCUUUAACAAGUUAGAGUUUGAUCCGGACAAAACUAGUAGGUGUUGCCUCCUUGAAGCAGCUCCAUCCCAGUGUCUCGAGUUCAAGCAGCUCAUGGGUUAUGUUGGCAGUUGGCUUAUUUAUAGAUUUAACACUUGGUACUUAGUAAUAUACACAUUUCGUAUGUACGAAAAUGAAUAUGACUUGCACUGGUUGUGUA